CAGUUCUUGGAUCUUUACAAAGAAAAAUAAUGGAUAUAUUUUUAUAAAUAAAUAAAUUUAAAAGUGAAGAAACUGGUUCUGACCCUCCAAUCAUAAAAAAAUAAUCACAUUAAUUAAAUUAAAAGGAAGAAGCAUCUUCUUCUCUUUUCUGAACCUUCUGUAGUUCUUUUUCUUUAGACAGAUUCCAAUGGCCCUGUCUCUCUGUCUUUAUUGGUUUGUGUAUAUCAAUGGAGUAUAUAUAUGUUUAUGUAUCUGAUAUGUAUUUUAUUUAUUUAUUUUGCUUCAAAUUUUAUUAAUGUCGAAUCUACUAUAAUAUUUCUUUCCUGAAAUAACUUCUUCUGUCAUUUUCUUUAAAUUCUUAAAUGUAAGCUAUAUAUUUGCUGUCAGAACGAGAAGAACAAGAAAGAGAGAGGCUCUUUGUGUUAUGGGGAUUUUUUUUUUUUUCUCUCACCCAUAUCAUAAAUAACAUUUCCCAUUUUAAACUCUGAAAAAUAUUUGUGUCUCCUCCAAAAAUAUUUAUUGGGCAUUUCCUGAUUUUGCUUCUGAGUUUUCUAGCUGAUCUGAUAUUUGUGAAAAAUCAGUACAAGAAGAGAUAGAGAUCAGAGGAAAACAGAGGAAGAAACUUGUUUAUUGGCUCAAUAAAGCUUGUGUUUUUUUGCAGAGAAAUAUGAUUAUUGCCUACUCUGGUUCCUAAAAUAUCAGAACAAUUCAGUCAAUCAUUGAAGAAAAAACCAGUUCUCCAGAAAGAUUUUCAAAUGGGUUAUGCUAAUUCAAGAUCUGUAAGAUUUCAAGACGACCUUGAAAUGACAAAACUCCCUAUAGUUAAUGGAGAUGAUAAUGAUGUUAAGCCCCAAUACAAGAUUGAUGGGAGUCAAAUACCAGAACAAAGUGCCAAGAAGGGUGAGCAUAGACAUGGACAUGGCCAUGGUCACAAGGAGGUGUUUGGAAGGAGAGUGACAUCCUUGAAAUCCAAAGUUCUGUCUAGAGUUUUCUCAGAGGAUUAUGAAAGAGUGAAGAAGAAGAUACUAGAUCCCCGAGGACAGAUAAUUCGCCGGUGGAACAAGAUUUUCUUAGUAACAUGCUUAGUUUCUUUGUUUGUGGACCCUCUCUUCUUUUACUUGCCGAUGGUCCGCAAUGAACAGUGUAUUGACAUUGGAACUCACCUUGAAGUAGCUCUCACAAUCGUUAGAUCAUUUGCAGAUGCCUUUUACAUGAUUCAGAUUUUUAUCAGAUUUCGUACAGCAUAUAUAGCGCCCUCCUCUCGCGUGUUCGGGAGAGGAGAGCUUGUUAUAGACUCUAAGAAGAUUGCAAAGAGUUACUUGCGCCAGAACUUCUGGAUUGACCUCCUAGCUGCCUUGCCUCUUCCUCAGGUGUUGAUUUGGAUUGUUAUUCCUAAUCUUGGUGGCUCAACGAUGACAAACACUAAAAAUUUUCUCCGGUUCAUCUUAAUCUUUCAGUAUCUCCCACGAUUGUUUCUUAUAUUUCCCUUGUCAUCACAAAUUGUUAAGGCCACUGGUGUUGUCACAGAAACAGCUUGGGCUGGUGCUGCGUAUAACCUUAUUCUCUACAUGUUGGCAAGCCAUGUUUUAGGCGCUUGCUGGUACCUUCUGUCAAUUGAAAGACAAGAAGCAUGUUGGAGAAGUGCUUGUGACUUGGAGAAGAUCUUUUGUCAAAGUGAAUACUUUGACUGUCACAUGGCUAAAGACCCUAAUAGGCAGAGCUGGUUCCAGAAAAGCAAUGUCACAAUACUGUGCAAACCAGAUAAUACCUUUUAUGAGUAUGGUAUUUAUGGUGAUGCAGUCACUUUCGAAGUGACAAUCGCAACUUUCUUUAACAAGUAUUUUUACUGUCUUUGGUGGGGACUAAGAAAUCUAAGUUCCUUGGGGCAAAAUUUAUCCACUAGCACUUUUGUUGGAGAAAUCGCUUUUGCAAUUAUUAUUGCAACUCUUGGAUUAGUUCUCUUUGCCUUGCUUAUUGGCAAUAUGCAAACGUAUUUACAAUCGACGACAGUUCGGUUAGAAGAGUGGAGGAUCAAAAGAACUGAUACAGAACAGUGGAUGCAUCACAGACAACUACCUCCAGAACUGAGGCAGUCAGUUCGAAAAUAUGAUCAGUAUAAGUGGGUGGCUACUCGAGGAGUUGAUGAAGAAACCCUUCUCAAAGGUUUACCUAUGGAUCUUCGCCGAGAUAUCAAGCGCCAUCUUUGUCUUGACCUUGUUAGACGAGUGCCAUUGUUUGAUCAAAUGGAUGAAAGAAUGCUAGACGCAAUAUGUGAAAGACUUAAGCCAGCAUUGUGCACCGAAGGCACAUUUCUUGUGCGUGAAGGUGAUCCGGUCAACGAAAUGCUCUUCAUAAUUAGAGGCCACCUUGACUCCUACACCACAAAUGGCGGCCGGACCGGGUUCUUUAACUCAUGCCACAUCGGCCCGGGGGACUUCUGCGGCGAGGAGCUACUGACGUGGGCGCUAGACCCUCGGCCAGGUGCCAUCCUGCCAUCCUCAACUCGCACGGUCAAAGCCAUCUCAGAAGUUGAGGCCUUUGCUCUUGUGGCUGAGGACUUGAAGUUUGUUGCCUCACAAUUUAGAAGGCUCCACAGCAAACAACUAAGGCACAAGUUCCGGUUUUAUUCCCACCAAUGGAGAUUAUGGGCGGCUUGUUUCAUACAGGCCGCUUGGCGCAGAUACAAGAAACGCAAAGAAUUGGCUGAGCUCCGGGCCAAGGAAAGCCCAGUAGUUACUGAGCCCGAACCAGUGGCCCAACACAGUUUGGGCCUGGCUAUGUAUGCGACCAGGCUGGCGGCGAGCACUCGGAAACCCCCGAACAAGCAUUCUGGGCCGGACUCUGGAGUCGUCAGCUCGUUGCGAAAACCGGCUGAGCCCGAUUUUUCGGUUUGCGAGGAAUAAAUAAAUUAAAGUAUAAACAAAUAAAAAAAUCACGGGUUUCGGUUUAUAAUAGUACUGCUCUACGAUAAUGGGCCGGGCUAGUCUUCAUAGCUUGAGCGUUUGGAUCAGCAAGUGAUUCUAGGUCCGGUACCAGCACACAUACUUCUUCUUCUUGGUUUACAUACAACUAAAAGUUAUAUAUGUAUGCAAGUUUGGUUGUAGUUUACGUAGUCAGGAGUUAUUAAUGCUUGUAAAUUAUGCUCUUAAAGGAGAUUUUUUGUGUAAAUUUAUUCUUUCUUAUAGAUAAUCUAUAAUUGUUUUGAUUGACUGAGAAGACAUAUUAGAAGUAGUCGUUAGGAAAUGUUUGUAAGGCUUUGGACAUGAACUUUUAUAAAGGAAUGCUGUAAUUGAGGUAUUGACAAUAAACAAGUGAAUAGUAUGCAUACUAUUAACUGUAA